GGGCCGUGGGAAGGAGGCGGGCGGCGCGCAUGCUUCCGGAAGCACAGCGCGGGAGCAAAAUGGCCACCACCAAACGUGUGCUGUGGGCUUGCAGAGGAGGUGGAUGACAAAGUUCUUCAUGCUGCUUUUAUUCCUUUUGGAGACAUCACAGAUAUUCAGAUUCCUCUGGAUUAUGAAACAGAAAAGCACCGAGGAUUUGCUUUUGUUGAAUUUGAGUUGGCAGAGGAUGCAGCGGCAGCUAUUGACAACAUGGUAUGGCUGGGAAUCUUCGUUCUUACUCAGGCUGGUUUGGUGGUACAGAGGGGUCCUUGUUCACAUAUCGGUUUGCUGAGCCUCCAAAGUUACCAGGUUGCACGGGGGAAUAAAAACUGUCAUCGUGUGAAAAUGUUCCCUGGGAAGUAAUCACUUAAAGAUUAACCUUUACUCCAACAUCCUUCCCCAUUCAACAAAAAUAUAAACCCUGAUCACCCUUAUGGGUGGAUCUCUCACUGACUACCCCGUGUCUAGGAUAAUAAAUUGCAAGCACUAUGCCGACUGAUCGCACAGUGAAAUCACAUAUUUUGCAAAAGAAGCAAGAUUGCAUGAAGCAUCAGACCAGGAAACAAUUGAGAAUGGAAAUUCAGUAAGGAUAUUGACCGGGUAUGCUACCGAUGCAAAUGACUUCAGUGCGCAGAGAGGCCCUUGGGGAAACGAUGGAGUUCUCAAAUGUUUGUGCCCUCUUUGAGAGCCCCGGGUCUUCAUAUCAUAUAUAAGGUGUAAAGGUGACUGUUGAUAGGAUUUUGUUGAAAAAAAGAUGGCAAAUUCAUGAGCACCUGCUACAUAUUUGUUCCACAAAUUUGUGCAUAGUUAAACCUAAAUUUGAACUGUAAGAAAUUUAUUUUCAUUACUUUUAGUUUCAUCACAGUCAAAUCUUUUUUUCCUUUACUUUUUACCAUGAAAUUUUGUUCACUGCCCUACAUGGGGUUACAGGAAGGGACCUUCCCCAGCACCGAUUAUCUUUGGGUAGUAGGGUUCUCCUUUAUCCCUGGUCUCUGCUACCCGUUCACUGAACAUCGUUCUCAGCUCUCAGAGAGGGAUCGCUUCUCACCAUUUCAAAGCUGAUCUUGACUUUCGAAGGUGAACUCGGGUACUUGGAAACUACGUUUACCCUUGUAACCCCGAACCUAGAGUUACUAUUGGUAGCACGGCUCUUCGCUUGCCUUGAAAGACAGGAGCGUGAUGGCUCCGAGGAGGCAGUUCCCUGCAACCCACGGGCCGCUUUGUGGUGGGCGCAGAGCUUGCCGUGAGGGUCUCAGGGAUUAAGAGAACAAAUCAGGAGCAUGUCUCAGAUGUAUCGGAAGCCAAUGGAAAGGCUCUCUGGCUCUUUUAACCUAACAAGAGUUUAAGCAGCUGAAUUUGCAAUCUUUUCAGAAUGAAUCUGAGCUCUUUGGACGAACAAUUCGUGUCAAUUUGGCCAAACCGAUGAGGAUUAAGGAAGGCUCUUCCAGACCAGUUUGGUCAGAUGAUGACUGGUUAAAGAAGUUCUCUGGGAAGACUCUGGAAGAAAAUAAAGAGGAAGAGGGGUCAGAGCCUCCCAAAGUGGAAAAGCAGGAGGGAGAGCCCGCUGCAAAAAAGGCCCGCUCCAAUCCUCAGGUGUACAUGGACAUCAAGAUCGGGAACAAGCCAGCCGGCCGCAUCCAGAUGCUCCUGCGUUCGGAUGUCGUUCCCAUGACAGCAGAGAACUUCCGUUGCCUGUGCACCCACGAGAAGGGCUUUGGCUUCAAGGGGAGCAGCUUCCACCGCAUCAUCCCCCAGUUCAUGUGCCAGGGCGGCGAUUUCACGAACCACAAUGGCACCGGGGGCAAGUCCAUCUAUGGGAAGAAGUUUGAUGAUGAGAACUUUAUCCUCAAGCACACAGGACCAGGCCUGCUGUCCAUGGCCAACUCCGGCCCCAACACCAACGGCUCCCAGUUCUUCCUGACGUGUGACAAGACGGAUUGGCUGGACGGCAAGCACGUGGUAUUUGGGGAGAUCACGGAAGGCCUGGAUGUCCUGCGGAAGAUCGAGGCCCAGGGCAGCAAGGACGGGAAGCCGAAGGAGAAGGUGAUCAUCUCCGACUGCGGGGAGUACGUGUGAGAGGCGCUUUCCCUGCGCUGUGCCUGCGGGUCCGGGAUUCGUUCGCCCCGGGGAUCCAGCACAUGUUAAGCAGGGGUCCGUGACCUGGCCCCUCUCAGGGUCAGUGUGGAGCAGCUCCCCUGCAGGCCGGCCUGGGCUUCCCCUGGCUCUUUCCCAAGCGUAGCGGUGGCCCGGGAGCCGGCACAGGCGCCCCCAUCCCCGCCGUGGGUGGCUGGGCAUGGCCUUCGUAGGCCUUUGCCGCCAGGGCCUCUCCUGGGCCCACCGGUGUGGCUGCUGGACGUUUCUUGUGGUAAAAUGAAGCAUAAUUUAUUUUGCCAGAUAUAAUAAAUCCUCCCCCAAAGCUGGUGA